UUUUUUGAGGGCGAUUAGGACGAACAGAAUCGUAGAGAGAAGAGAAAGGAGAGGGAGGAGAGAGAAAGAAGAAUAAUAUGAAUCAGAUCCACACUCACAUGUGCUACUCCCACUUCAAUGACAUCAUACACUCCAUCAUCGACAUGGAUGCUGAUGUUAUCACCAUUGAGAACUCCCGAUCUGAUGAGAAGCUUCUCUCUGUGUUCCGUGAGGGAGUGAAGUACGGUGUCGGAAUCGGUCCAGGAGUGUACGACAUCCACUCUCCAAGAAUACCAUCUUCUGAGGAAAUCCUAGACAGGGUGAACAAGAUGCUUGCUGUCUUAGAGCAGAACAUCCUUUGGGUUAACCCUGACUGUGGUCUUAAGACCCGUAAGUACACUGAGGUUAAGCCCGCCCUCAAGAACAUGGUUGAUGCCGCCAAGCUUAUCCGUUCCCAGCUCGCCAGUGCCAAGUGAAGAAAAGUUUGAUUUGAACAAGGAAACGUUUUUUCUCUUUCUCUAUAAAAUGGUUGUGUUUUGUUUGGUUUUUAAUAACUUUCUUAAAAA